UUACGCCACCUGAUCUCGCUGGAAGCUACUGAAUCAUCAGAGAUUUCAUACGCCAUCAGAAGAAUGAUAAAUGAACUUACGCUCUGAAGCAUCAAACGUGGAAAUCGUAUGUGUGACGUAUUUUGUGGUUCAUACGUAGCUUGCACUUAAUUUAAUUGAUUUGCACUCGCGAAACUACGUCUCCUUUUGCUUUUUAUUGUGGUAGAGGUUACUCCGUGCGAAUUCUUGCUGUAGAAUCGAAUGGUGACCUAAUGGCGAAUCUAAACAAGGCCGUCAAUGGUUGAAAAUAAUACCGUUUAAAUUUUUAUGAAAUACAAGCAUGGGUCAUACUUAAUUGAUGAGGCGUAAACAUUUAUGGCGAAAUGAACAUUCGAUAGCUUCCUGUUACUCAUCAGUUCACGGAAUUCGAGGUGAGAACAGCACGUGGGGUACAGAAGUUUGCUUUUACCGUUGUCUUACAUAUUGAGCGUUCGUUCAGUUUGAUGUUUCUCCGACUUCUAAUGUGAGAUUAUGGUAUCACGAUUCGAACGCCUGAUGGGGUGCUCCUCUAUCUCGAUAGGAGAGACCCUGCCUGAGGAUAAGACGCAAUGCUCAGGCCGGGGUGAUUGUUUGAAUGGAACUUGUCUGUGCGAAAUCCGUUACAGUGGUGACGAGUGCUCGGGAUUCAACUUGCCCUACCAUGCAGGUAUCUCGUCCGUGUUCUACCUUGUCGCUUUUAUUUCCCUUGUACAGCUGAUGAUCUGUAUCAUUGCCGAAUAUCAGAGAUUGAAACAACCGAGCUUUUUACGUGCCUGCCGGUUGACAACGCAAAAGCUGCUUUAUUUUUUUGUUUUUAUCGCAUCGGUUCUGCGUGGGGCGUACUUCACUACGCCGGAAACACUGCAGCCAGCAUGGGUCUCCUAUCUCAUGUCAGCGUACUAUCCGUUGGUAAUGACGUGUGCAUCGCUGGUCGUCUGCUUAUGGGCCGAGAUAUUUCAUCUGCGUGACAUCCGCUGGGAGCGCUCUCAGUUCCUGUCUAAGAGCUUUCUCGGUUUUCUCGCGUUCAAUUUGCUGCCGUACAGCUUAUUCCUGGCAGAAAUAGCGUACUCGCAUCUGUUUUCCGGCAAGAGCACUCACUUUUUUAACGGAUGCUACGCAGCGCUACUCCUGAUUGUGGUCAUCUUCUUCCUUAUCUACGGCGUGGAGGUGUUUUUCAAGGUACGCGGAGGAUUCGUGUACGAUUUCGGGGCCGUUCCUAGCAGUGAAAAUGUUAAUGCUUCUCAACUCCAUCAGUCCCGGUUCGGGCUGUUAAGUCAAGCGAUUAUGCUUAUCGUCAUCAUAGGUUUUCUGACGUCAGAAACAUUGGGAGAUUUAUGGAAGAAAAAAGUCCCCGUAUAUUCCCGCAAUUGGCACGACAUCGUGUUCCGACUGGCCGAAGUUGGAGUCGCUCUGUGGUUCCCUUGCUGUCUAUGGAACUCGUUGGCUCCCGAACAGUUGUGGAUUUUGAAUCCACGAAAACUCCUGACACGCCAAAUCGAUCCGGUCGGAGCGGACGCUGGUUGUUCGUCCGAACCGGAAGCUUCCACAUCCACCGCAGAGGAAGGACAAUCGUUCCUCGUGAAAAAGGACUGCUGGAUCUGCUACGACAACGAGAAGCCAGAGCCACUGAUCCAGCCCUGCAAUUGCACCGGAGACGUUAGCUCUGUGCACCACGAGUGUCUUCGACGCUGGCUGGUGGAAAGUUGUGCCAAUUCGGACACGCUGCUGAAGUGCAAGGUGUGCGAGUCACCUUAUGAGAUCGAACGAUCGAAUCGUCUCGACUGGGAGAAAGGUUUUACAAUCCAGCACUGGGCAAAGACGAUUAUCAUCGUGACGCUGAUGUGCAUCACGGGUGCGGGCGCAUGGGUCAUCAUUCAGCUGAACGAGGAUUCAUUCGUGCGGGUGUUAGUGGCAGGAUUCGCCAUCAUUAUUGGCUACAUUCUAUUCAAGAUGCUCGGUGAGAACACGGUGACGGCAAUCGAACGCGCAAAGGUUAGUUCGAUUAACAUCGUGACUUCAGCGAGCGAUUUGAACAGCAGUGGGUUACACGAAAAGCUCAAUACCAUCUGUCAGGAUGUGGAAUGCAAGUAAGCCGAUAACAGAAACAAAUUAUAUCUGUGACUGAAUUUGUAAUUCAAAGCAAACAAAUCGAAGGUUAGAGAAUAUGUUGCGCUCGCACGCGCACGAGAACGUGUUUAGUCGAUAGAAAGAUAUCGUUUAGGAUGUUUAUAGCUGACAACGGAGAAAGGGUUUAGGCUAAAUACACACACAUUCACAUAUAUUUAAUGGAAGACCCUACCACAUCUGAGAUUUUUUUUUCCAAAUAGUGGAUAUAAGUCCCAAAAUAGACGGAAAUAUACAGCUUUUUAUAUAUAUUUUUAUAAGAGUACAUUUCAAGUCGAAUUCAAAUAAAAGCAAUAUAUGUCAGAUUGCGAAGCAAAUAUUCUCUAAAAUGCGAACGUUUUAAAUUGAUGCAUUUAUAGGUUCGAAUAGACAAACGAUCAUCACUAACAUCUGUCGGUAUCUACGAGGUUUUAACAUUAUGAAGUUUCCAUAUCGGAUCUAGCACUUCUUGUUGACGAUAUUAUUUCUUAAAGUAGUCUAGAUUGGCUGACAGGCACUAAAUAUUAGUCCGACACUUAUGUUUUAUCAUAUCACAAUACUAGCGAGUUUAUUUGUUGUGCGUUGAAAUUUGAACCGUACUAUUUUUGUGUUUUUUUUUCUUGUAUCACGUGUGUUUAUGUAGUAAUACUGACUCAAUUGGAAAACAGCGAUGACUGGAAGUGAUCAGAGGGAUUUCCUUCCGUGCUUUUGAAUAUUAGGACACUUUCGUUCUUGACUCCGGUCUAUGGCGUUUUUUUGCUAUAUGUGUGGAUUCAAUAUUAUUUUCUUGCCACAAUUGAAAUUACCGUGAUGUACCCGUAUACCGCUCAGCUAAGACAAUAUUGAACGUUUAUAUACUCUAAAAAUUACUGCUUGUGCGUAUAAAAUUUUUGAAAUGAGUUUUUGUUUAUUCCAGCAGUUUCUCGGUCAACAUAAAUCAACAGUCAAUCGGGCGUUUUCGUUGCUAUUUCCUCUACGACACUCCAUGCUCAUUUCAUUCUUCACCGUCAAAUGGACUUCACGGCAUAUUGAUGUGAUUCCCCCACACUGAAUUCAUUGCACUUUCUCGUGUAUCGAUGUUUGAGUUCACGGUGGGCAAAUAAUGGAGCCGCCCAUUAAUGAUGUAACUACUUUUUUGCAUCAAAAAUCAAGUUUUCGUUUCAUUUUAUAUGGAUGUUAAAAUAAGAUUGUGUACACUGGCAACGAGGUACAUGUCACGGUGGAGUAGUAGUGGCGGAUUGAAGUCUAGUUGAAUGAAGAGGCAGAUUUGUAUUCGUUCGUCACCUCAGUUAGAAUAACCAUUUGCUAGAAUUGAAUUGACUAUAAAUUAAUUUUCUAAUUUUUCUUAUUAAUUAUUGCUAUAUUCAUCUAACUGGAUUGCCGUGCGAUGAAAUCUUGGUUGGAGCAAAGCGAAGUUUCGUAGAGCUCGAGAAGGAACUCGCAAAUCGAGUAGCGACAGCUGUCGGGGGCAGUUGACUUCAUUGAGAGGCAGCUUCGCCAUGAAUGUUACCUGCUGAAUCUUCCUACGUCUGGCCAAUGUGUCAAGAUUUAUAAAUUUGCAACGAUCACGAUAUGGUGAUAAGUUUGCACGGUCUUGCCAGGGCAAAUCUCUUAGGGCGACAUGGAUAAACCGUUUUUGAACCCUCGCCAUUCUCAAGCUCCAAUUCAGUUGGUGCGGCAUCCAAAUUAGAAAUGCAUUCUCCAGGAUAGGAUGGAUCAAUGAACAGUACAGCGAUUUUGGGCAAUAAUGGUCUUUCAAAUCUUUGACUAUUUUGGUUCUAGAACUAAAUUGUCGGUUGGCUUUAGCAAUAAUGACAUUUCGAAUUCGAACGACCUGGCAUGAACCCAUGUUGGUCAGAGGAAAUAUAGCAUUUCGCUUCAGUGAGUAUGCUUUGGCUAACUAUUAUUUCGAACAAUUUCGAUGCAGCUGACAGACUGGUGAUUCCACGGUAAUUCCGAAUAUUUCGUCUAUCUCCACUUUUGAACACGGGAAACAGAAUUGAAGCUUCCAAAUUUCGGGAAAUUCACGCUGUUCAAAUGAGCGAUCGAAAAUCGUACUCAAUGGAUAUGCUAAAGAGGCAGCACACCGGCGAAACACAACGGCGGGAAUACCAUCGGGUCCAGGCGAGAAGGUUUUCUUCAGUUUGCGAGUAGCGACUGAGUGAUUUCGAACAUGUCUAAAUCCACUAUAUCAGCAGGCACAUCUCUGAUUGCUCGUUCUACUUCGUCAUCGGAAGCAGCUGAUUCUGCAAAGACGGAUGCAAACAAUUCAGCGAAUUGCUGAUGAGAAUCAACGCGAAGCAACGGAGCAGAAUAUUCGGUAAUCGUAAUAGAAUCGUAUGCUAUAUUGGUGAACACCAAGUCGAGUAUUCUACCCAGAGCAGCAAUUUGUCACUGUCACUGGGUAUAUUUGGACUACUAUGACUACCAUUGCUACAUUACCACCAAACGACGUGCAACAAGAUAUGAGCCGACACAACAAAUUCUUCACUCUUUGAUGCUGAAUAGCUUGUCAGAGUGUUUUGACAAUCAAAGCAUGUUGCAAGUCAGUGCACUAUGAUCGUCAAGACGAGAAAUACACUGUCACUUGAUGUAAUGGAAGUUUACUCGUUUACCAGGGUGCAUUUGUUUACGUUGAGCUAUCUGAAUACCAUUCUUAUAUAAAAUGCUACAACUCGCGGGGAACAAAGGAUAUAAAUGAGUUUAAACGGACUUUCAAAUACGUGAAUUUCGAUAUCGGGUAGAAAUUUCAACGAAAAUUCCUCAUUAUUCUCAGCAUGUAGAGAUUGUUCAAGCUUAGGUCAGUUAUAUAUUUCGUUGCCUAAAUGAUUGGAUAUCGCUUACACGUUAUCGCGGAAAAAUAAAGUUAGGACAAAAAACAAGGUGAUUUUCGUAAUCUACGUUUUAUUUUCUAUUUUACCACAUAAUCGCCGUAACGUUCGAGGCAUUUUUCAAAGCGUGGCACGAGUGUUAUCAGGGAUGAGGAACACUCCUUUCGUCAAUAAACCUGGCCUUUUGUUCUUAAUCAGUCCAAAACUUCACAAUAGUACGGUGAUGAAACUGGCGUUCGGCGGUCAACGAUUCGAUAACACUGAAGAAAUUCGUGACGCAGUUACAUCGUACUUAAAAAGUUGGACGCUACGCACCUUGGGCUAGAAAUAGAUAAACUCGUGCCACGCUUUGAGAAAUGCCUCGAACGUUACGGCGAUUAUGUAGUAAAAUAGAAAAUAAAACGUAGAUUACGAAAAUCACCUUGUUUUUUGUCAUAACCAUAUUUUUCCGCGAUUUCUGAGGCACUGAAACUUAUUUUUUGAACGACCCUUGAACGGUGCUACAGCAAGCAAACUCAUUGCCAUUUCUCACCCAGGAUAUUGGUUGAUUGUAAUCACCACAAACUAAUACAACUUCGUUAGGUGAUGUCUUGUCGCAAAUAUCACGAACUAAAGCAACAUGUUGAUCAAAGGCUGCAACAUCACGGCUACGGUUCGGCGGGAUAUAAACGGCACACAUCGAAAUUUUCGUUCCCCGGAUUGAUGCCGCAACACACACCUGUUCAAUUGCUGAGCCACUCCGCGUCACUAUGAAAUAGCUGACAUGUUUUGCUGCGAUUGCGAUAAGCACUCCACCGAAGCUAGAUUUGGAACUGUUGCAAAGAUUACAAUCGCACUGGUAAACAUUGAAUUCAGGUUUAAAUAGUUGCCCGGAAUUGAUGCUGUCAUUCAAGGUGGUUUCCGUACGACUUAAUACGAUUUUUUUUGAGUAGUAGAUUUUACAAUGUUUUAUGUUGUAAACAAGUUAAAUGAGUAGAGAUCAAUAAUCGAAUGAAUUACAGUAAUAAUAGGUCGUUUAUUUCUUUUAUUGUUCCUUUUUUGUGUUUUGGCGGCAAGUUUUGGUUACCAAUUUGUCGAAUAAUUAUAGUUUUGCAAGUACACACAAAAAUAAUUUAUCAGAAAAAAUAAAGUAGCUAGUGCGAAAUAGAGUAUUUCACGUCAAGUGGGUGGAAUUUUGCACUCAUUGGUAUGAAGGAGCUUCACGGUACUUUCAAGCGACAUUGUGACUCGAUUGAACUCAUCUCUUAAAUAGGCGUCGAGAAAAAAGCCAGAGUGAAACAUCAACUGGGUGGCACACACACAAACAAAUAGAUUAUUUUUUAGCAGCUAGUAGAAUUUCUCACCAGACAAAGGGUGGGAAGGAAAAUUAAACUUACCCGUGAUCUCGUGGCAUUUCGAACUGAAUUGUGCUGGAUAGUAGGAGGAAGGAAAUCGUUAUUAUAUUAGGUUUUAACUUGUAGACUUGUUUAGGAGAAAACUCGCACAAGCGAAGUUUGAUGUACUUUGAGUUUGGCUUCUGCAAAUGAGACGUGAUAGUUUUCCAAGAAAAGUUAUACUAAUAUUCGAUAUUUUGUGGUGUUUAUGAUUUAAUUGUUUUGCUGUUGGUUACAGUUGUAUCGGAAAUGGCAGAAGAAUGUUGAAGCGUCAUUGGAGCCAAAAUGAGAACAAAUUAUUGUUUAACCGUUACAAACAAAAAAUCAAUUCUCGAAAAUGAAACUACUUUUCAAGGUGAUGUGAUUAUUCACAAAAUUUUGGAAGAAUAAAAAACGAUUAAAGAAUAGAGAACAGUGAUAAACGUCGACACGAAACAAACCUACCUGUAGUUUUGCUCCAUCUUCUCAUAAAAGCAUAACAUACAAACAACAGAUACAAUGUGAAUAUAUCUUGUUUCGAAUAUGCAUAAUUAUAGAAGUAAAUAAUUCUUGAA